GCCAUCUUGCGGCAAGUUAUGUGAUGUAACUCAUUCGAAGCCCACGAUUAUUUUCAAAGUCAAGAGAAAUCAAACUCAAUUAACAUUUUCAUUUUCAUUUGCAAAUAUUUCCCUAUUUAUAAUGUACGCCUUAAGAAAUUGCGGCAAUAAUCACAUGUGCUAAAUUAUUUAAAAAAUAAUUUGUUUAUACUUGAAUACAACCAUGCGUUUUGCGCCGCCAUUUUUGAAUGUUGAAUAUGGAACACACAAACACACACUUCGGUCGAUCGGAACAGUUGGAAUUGAAGCGAGUAAAAUUUUAGCGACCGAUGAGACGACGACGGCUCGAUUUUAAAAGCUGCGAAUUUGAUGUGAUUUUGUAAAUUGUGAAGGCUAAAAAAUAAAGAAAAAGUCGCUAUUUAUUUGACAAAUCGUAAGCGCGUGUGAUUCAAUAAGAAAUAUGCGAAAACGCAAGUUAAAGUGCUGAACGGACAAAUUGAAAAUUUCUUGGAGUCAGACGAGCAUUAAUUACGAAUAAAAAUUUAUAUAUAUAUAAACUGAAUUGAAUCAGAAAGGAAUGAAAAAGUGAAAUAGUGUGGCCAGCGCGAAAAACGUGAAUAUAUACUAGCUAUUGCAUAUAUAGCAAAGAACCUCAAGACAAUAGCUGUGUGGAGAUUUUAAGAUUUGGCCGAUUUGGAUUAAUUGUGGUAGUUGCGAAUAAUUUUCGCAGCACAAACGCUACUUCCAAUAUAUAAUGUCCCAAAUCCAGGAAAUUGUUGUAAAACAAUGUCUGCAAAAAGAUUUUUGAAAUUUGAAUUAUAAAUUCAAAACCCCAGAAAAUAAUCUUCCUUUUUUUCAGUCCAAUCAACUGCAAAAUUAAGUUGAUCUUGUACAUAAAUUAAUUGUUUGUUUUCCGCCAAUACAAAGCAUCAGCUAAUUAGUGGAGGCAGUAAAUAGAAACCAAAAGCUUUCAAAGUAUUUUUAUGUUGCAGACUGAAAAGUACGACGGAGUAGCUGCUGACAAUACACUGGAAUUUGUGGGUAACAAUAUAUUCAAAAGGAAGCUAAGAGUUAAACUAAAAAGAUUGAGAAUUGAUAAUUUAGCGGAAAAUAUGACCACAGAUACCCGCCGUCGUGUAAAAUUGUACGCUUUAAAUGCAGAGCGGCAAUGGGAUGACCGUGGGACCGGACAUGUAUCUUCGAAUUAUGUCGACAGGCUAAAAGGCAUUUCAUUGUUGGUGCGUGCCGAAUCGGAUGGUUCUUUACUUUUGGAAAGUAAAAUUCAACCAGACACCGCCUAUCAGAAACAACAGGACACACUGAUCGUUUGGUCAGAGGGUGAUAAUUUCGAUUUGGCAUUAAGCUUUCAAGAGAAGGCGGGUUGCGAUGAAAUUUGGGAAAAAAUAUGCCAGGUUCAAGGUAAAGAUCCAUCUGUCGAAAUAACACAGGAUAUCGUUGAAGAAUCUGAAGAUGAACGGUUCGAAGACAUGUCCGAUACGGCACCGCCCAUUGAAUUGCCGCCAUGCGAACUGGCACGCCUGGAAGAGAUUUCGGAAACCAUACAGAAUUGUUUAACCACACCAUUACGAAAAGAGAAACUUUCCAUGGCAUUAGAAUCGGAAAAUUAUAUAAAAAAACUGCUAAAUAUAUUCCAUGUAUGCGAGGAUCUCGAUAGUACCGAAGGUUUACAUCAUCUCUUUGAGAUUUUCAAGAACAUUUUCCUACUCAAUAAGAAUGCAUUGUUCGAAAUUAUGUUUGCCGAAGAUACUAUUUUCGAUGUGGUUGGCUGCCUAGAAUAUGAUCCCAGUUCCACUCAACCAAAGAAGCAUCGUCAGUAUUUAAAACAGUGGGCCAAGUUCCGAGAAGCAGUGCCGAUUAAAAAUCAAGAUCUGCUUGCUAAAAUUCAUCAAACGUUCCGUGUACAAUACAUACAAGACAUAAUAUUGCCAACACCGUCUGUAUUUGUCGAAGACAACAUGCUAAAUACCCUGUCAAGUUUUAUAUUCUUUAAUAAAGUGGAAAUUGUCACACUUAUACAAGAAGAUGAACGUUUCCUGGUUGACAUGUUUACUAUACUAACAGACCCAAGUACUAGUGAUGCUAAGCGUCGCGAUAUUGUACUAUUUUUGAAAGAAUUUUGCAAUUAUGCACAGAAUUUGCAACCACAGGGCAAAGACUCUUUCUAUAAGACACUCACAUGUCUGGGCAUAUUGCAAGCGCUAGAGAUAACGUUAGUGAUGAACGAUCAAAAGACAAAGUCCGCAUCAAUUGACAUACUCACAGCAAUUGUGGAGUUUUCACCGCUGGUGGUACGCAACUACACCUUGCAACAGGUCAAUCGCACAGAGGGGGACCGUAUGUUAUUGAACAUUGCCAUUGAACAAAUGUUGAGCGACUCAGAACCCGAACUGGGCGUAGCAGUGCAAUUAAUGGGCAUUAUUAAAAUAUUAUUGGAGCCAGAAAGCAUGCUAACUGAGAAGGCAGACUUUUUGAACUUCUUCUACAAGUAUAGCAUACAGACGUUAAUUUCACCACUACUUAUUAACACAAUCGGUGAUCGUCCAGAUAGUGAAGACUACCAAACCGCACAACUACUUGGCAUUGUCUUGGAUAUAUUGUCAUUUUGUGUGGAACAUCAUACUUAUCAUAUUAAAAACUUUAUCAUACAAAAAGAUCUCCUAAAGAGAAUACUUGUGCUUAUGAAAAGCACACACACGUUCCUCGUUCUUGGCGCACUUAGACUUUUAAGAAAAAUUAUUGCACUUAAAGACGAGUUUUAUAAUAGGCAUAUAGUUAAAGGUAACCUAUUUGCACCAGUGGUUGACGCAUUCAUUAGAAAUAAUGGCAGAUAUAAUUUACUCGAAUCGGCUAUACUGGAAUUAUUUGAGUUUGUGAAACUUGAAGAUAUCAAAACACUUUGUGUCUACUUUGUGGAGAAUUUCAGCAAAAUAUUUGAUGAAAUCGAAUAUGUACAAACGUUUAAAUAUCUCAAAAAUCGCUAUGAUCAGUAUCAGGACCGAAUAAAGGAUCGCGACAAGAUGUCGCUGGAUACUGGCAUUCCAAUUAUACGUAGUCGCUUCCGUCGUGAUCCGCGACAAAUGGACGACGAAGAGGAGAUGUGGUUCAACGAGGAGGAAGAUUUCGCCGACGAGUACGAUACAUACAACAGUGUAAUGAAAUCCGUUACUGAAAAGAAUGGCCCUUCCCAAUCUCCGUCACAACAACAAACAUCGAUGCAACAGAAGUCGCCACCACAAGGCGCACAACAUGGCGGCGGUCUGCUCGGCAGUAGUGGCAGCGGGAUGAAUAGUUUAAGCUCCACAACGACCAGUUCAACGACACUAACUCCAACUGCCGGUGUUAGCGGCAGCGGUAUGGGCAGCGUCUCAUCCAUCAGUGGCGUGAGCCUUAGUGAUGUGGUUUCAAAUGCGUCCAAUAGCAGUAGUAGCCUCGAUCAUACACAAUCUGCCGCCGCUGCCGCCGCCGCCGCCGCUGCAGCUGCUACACAGGCGCAUUUGGGUGCUGCCGCUGUGGCUGCCAACAUUGCCCUGCAUCAUCAGCAGCAAACAGCACUGCAUAAUUUCCAACAACAACAGCAGCUUAAUUUGAAUAGCACAUUAGUGGCGGCAGCCGCUGCCGCUGCGGCUGGUGUGGCCAGUACAUCGGCCGCAAGCGCUGCGCACUUAGAAGCGCAGAACCAACAUCAGCAACAGCAUCAACAUCCAGAGCAUGGGCAAGAGGAUCCCGACAUUGUCGAGUUGCGUCAACACUUGGUCUCCAUUGUACCGCAGCACCAAGAGCUGGCGUUGGCAGCCGCAACAUCGUCAUCAACUGUCGUCACAGCGUCGGGGUCGGCAUCGUCAGCGGUAGCUACCUUGCAAUCGCAUUCAUUGUCAUCGACAUCGAUAGCAGCGACACCAACCACUUCGACCGCGUUAUCAGAGUCGGCAGUUGCCGCCGCAGCAGCCGCUUCGCAACUAUUGACAUCGAUUGCAUCAAGCGACGCUGUAGCUGCCGUGGCAGCAGCAGCCGCAGCAGCAGUCGCGGCCACAGUAACAGGUGUAACGUCUAAUAUGGCCGGUGGUGGUGGAGGUAUUGUUACUGCGGCGAAUUUGGCAGCGGCUGCAAAUGCUGCGGACUCUUUGUCUCUAAAUAUUGUUAAGCACAAUGAGGGAGUCGAUAAUAUGGGUACGGGCAACAAUAAAGAUGGUGGCGCUAUUUCGUCCGUAGCCAGUGGGGAGAGCAUUUUAAAGAAGGGUCUUGUGGACUAUGAAAGCGACUCCGGUGAUGAGGAUGAUUAUGAAGAGGAGGAGGAAGAGGAGUCGCCGCAUCAAAAGAAGCCACGUUUGGCAUAGCAAAAUUACGCUACAAAUGCAGCUGCCGCAGCAGCAGCGGCAGCAGCAGCAGCAGCCGCGGCCGCUGCAGAAUCAAUUAUUAAAACAUUCGCAACAAUGUCUUCAACACAUUACAGCAACAACUGCAACAAUUUGUAAAAGCAAUAGCCAUAAAUAAAAACUUGCAGUGACCAGUGCCGUACGCUAUAGUACAUGCCAGCCAGCAAGUGCAGCAAAAACAAUUACAACAGUCGGUGGUGUAACAGAAAUACAAUAAACAUAGAGCAACAAACAAUUAACGAUAAACAAAA